AUGGCAAGAAAGAAGGUAAAGCUUGCUUUCAUUGAAAAUGAGAGUGCCAGAAAAUCUAGCCUCAAGAAAAGGAGGCAAGGUUUGAUGAAAAAAGUGAGCGAGCUGAGCAUUCUAUGCGGUGUGGAAGCGUGUGCCGUCGUCUUUUCUCCAGAUGAAAACGAGCCUGCCUUUUGGCCGGAGUCUCGAGCAGACGUGGAGCGAAUCCUUACGCGUUACCUGAGCAUCCCUGAAAUUGAGAGAAGCAGGAAGAUGGUGAAUCAAGAAAUUUACAUCAGGGAGAGGAUCAACAAGCUCACCGAGCAACACAAAAGGCUUACGCGGAAGAACAACGACUUGGAGAGUCACCAUCUCAUGCAGCAACUUUAUCUGUACAACAAAACCAUGAGUGAACUUGCAUCGACUGAGAUGCAAGGUUUAUUCUCCUUUACGGAAGAGAAAGUUGCAGAAGUCGAAAGAAGGAUGGAGUAUAUCCAGCAAAGGGAUGGUGCACCCGAAUCAGGAGGUGCUCCGUUGGCAGUCGAAGGCCCGGUGGAGGAGGAGGAGACAAGCCAAAAUGCCAAUGUCGGCGACGUUGGCGGCGAUGGCAGUGGCGGGGUUGGUGAUGCUGCUUCAUGGGAUGAAUGGUUCUCAGAUAUGAUGAAGCAAAGUGGAAAUGUUGCUGGCAGCAGCGCCGGCAAAAGAGACACCUCAUAUCCUUCGGCAUAUUCCACCGGUGGUGCUGGUACGUCUAGCCAUGAAGUUGCCAUAAGCUUGCCGCAAGAAAAUGUUGGAGUUGAAAGUGGCAACCUAGGGCAUGGUGGAGGCCCUGUCUAUGGUGGGGACAAUUAUCCUAUGAUGCCAUACCAAGGAUAUGUCAGGGACAUGAGUAGUGGACUUCCCGUAGGUGUUGCUCCUGGGGCUGUUCCAGGUAGCAGCACUGGCGGUGCAUAUGGAUCUGCAAUGGGGCCACCCUAUCAAUGGGAGUUUGGCGGAAGCAGCAGUGAAUAUGGUGCAGUGUAUCCUCAUGGAGGCAUAUCUAGGAGCAACAGCAGCAUUUUAAAUGCUGCAAUGCAACCACAGGAGAAUCCUGGAGGCAUGAAUACUGGCCAGGGGACGGUGCUUCCUGUAGCAACCGGUGGCAGUUCUGCGAUGGGAGGGUAUCAGAGGAAUGAUACAGUUGGCGUACCAGCGCCGGUACCCCCUCCUGGAAAUGUUAACACUGGCAAUGCCGAGGAUGGCUCCGGUGUGAAUCAAGGAACGGCUGGUGCUCAUUCUCAAGGAGGAAGCCGUGGUGGAUCCGGUGUGGUGGUGCCUCCAGGGAACACCGAAAACGAGCCUCGGAAUGCUGGAGCUGAUGCUGGUGGGAGCAGUGGAAACAACUAG